AUGCUCAACGAGCGAGAUGCCCAACUCGAUGCUGAAGAAAAUGCUUCUGGGGAAGAGUCUGUUUGGCGAAGUAUCUACAACCUGAUGCGUUGUCCUUCCUCCUCGUGCCAUCUAGGCCGAUAUUGCUGGCAAGACCCUCACGGAAAAAAACACUAUGGACUGAGAACCCAUCAUUUAAAACGUCUCAUUGCCUUUGUGGAGAAAGGUGGGACCGUGCAAUCUCAUGACGACGUCCCAGACAAUAUUCGUGAAGACUUUUAUAUGGAAGAGCGACACAGACUGGAGAGUCAACAAUCUAAAAAUAACAAGAUGACUAACACCCCGGGAGGUUGUCCUCCUAUAAACUUUAACUUUAACGGGGUACAACCUUCCCUACCAGAGGAGCUCAAUUCACUCGCCAACCCACCAAUGCUUCCGUCACCAACUAGCCUAUUCAAUGACGACUUUAAUAUUCCUGGACUUCGAGAUGAGGCAGUUCGAGAGUACACCGCUUGGCAUGAAGCACAAGUCGGUGAUGACUAUUUGAAAGCCCAAUUUCGAGAAGCGCGUGAUGUUGCUCUGGCAAAUGGGCUCGAUCUUCAACUGAUAUAUGAGGACCAAAACCCAUCGUUUUUUAUCGACAAAGGGAUCGUGGUAGGUAUUGCCCGCCAGUUUGUAAGAGAUAUCGUCAAAUGGGUUCGGAGUAUGAGGAUUAUUUCAUCGAUAGAUGAGAGGGCGCCGGCAGCUCUCUGA